AUGCAAAAAUUUUUUAAGGAAGUUUCCCAAGCACUUCCUUGUGUUAUAGCUUGGUUGUUGAUAGUCGUCAGUACAGCAUGUUUCUUUUAUCUUUUGGUACCUGAGUUAAUAACUCAGUUCCCACGUUGGGGGCUGGUUCUGUGUGUUGUUGACGCUCUGUUAUUUUUAAUUGUGCUGUCAAACCUAUUUAUGGCGACGACUAUGGAUCCUGGCUUUCAUCCAUUUGCUAGUGUGUCUGAGGAACAGCAGUACGAUGACUAUCGUUCUCCAUUGUAUAAAAAUGUGGAGAUAAACGGGAUUACAGUACGGAUGAAGUGGUGCGUUACUUGUAAAUUCUACAGACCUCCUCGCGCAUCUCACUGCUCUGUUUGCAAUCGCUGCAUUGAUGUGUUUGAUCAUCACUGUCCGUGGGUGCAUAAUUGCAUCGGUCGACGUAAUUAUCGAUACUUUUUUCUUUUCUUGUUUUUUCUGAGCAUUCAUAUGAUCUUCGUAUUUGUUAUGUCGCUAUCAUUCACUAUCACGAAUUGGGAUAUUUCCAGGAGCAACCUUCUUUCAAGAGCAAAUAUUUGUUCAUUUUCAUUGAUGACUUUAAUUGUCCUUGCAUCUCUUCCUGUUAUCGGAUUAACAAUCUUUCAUAUGGUACUUGUUACUCGAGGCCGUACGACAAAUGAGCAAGUUACUGGGAAGUUCCGUUCUGGAUACAAUCCAUUUACCUUUGGAUGUUCUCGUAACAUCAGGCGUGCCCUUUGUUCCAGUCAAUUUCCUUCUUUUGAAGCAGAAAUUGCUAAACGAAAAUAUGAAGAGGAAAGGAAAAAGAAAAGUACAUUAAAAACGCCCGGUGUACUUUAUGUUCCGGACCCCACAGCAUCGAAGACGGGGGGACUUAUUAAGAUGAAACUGUUAUCUGAUGACGAUCAGUCUGUUGGGACAGCAUUAUCUAUAGGACAAAGUUUAGGUAAAGACGUUACAGACCAAGGGUCUCGAUGCAAUCUGUAUAUGACUCCCGAAUCAAAAAGUGUCAGUAGACAAAGUGCUUUGUACCAGGCGGCCAUUGAGGAAUCGAUGCGACCUCUGCGUAGUCAAAACAGCCAGGACAGCAUGAACGGCAGUACAACUGUUGGCAGCAAUAUGGAUAAUUUAUCGUUAUCAUCACCGUCAGAAAACGUUGAAGUUAAUCAGGUAGAGCUGAACGCUAAUGCUGUUAAAGCAACGCAGCCCACUUUUGAAGAGACUAAGAAACGAAUUUUUGAUACAUCGAAACCAUUGAAGUUUACAGAUGCGGUAAGACUUCAUGAAAGCUUAAGCGCUCACAACGUUACGUUAUAG